AUGAGCUCGCAGGACGAAGGCAGAGGUUUUGGGCAGCCGCCUGGCUCAUCUCGCGACGAUGCUGUUGCCCCAGGAACCUCCAGCACCGUGGUCCAGGUUGAUGACUCUAACAACCAACAUAAACUCAACAAGAAGCGCAACAAACCCACCUUGAAUUGCCUUAAAUGCGUCGAAAGGAAGACCAGAUGUGAUCGAGCACGGCCGUCUUGCUUCGCUUGCACCCGACGCGAAACCCAGUGCGAGUACACCAACGUGGCCAACAUUAUUGCUGAGGCAGGCCAAGUUGGUAAAUGUAAACGUCGACGGCGGACCCAUGAAAGGGAUUCCGAAGGCCAAGUGGGAGUGCAAUACUCCCCUACGCGAACACCAGCGUUCGUGGGCGAAGUGGAAAUCUUCGACAAUCUCAAUGCACCAUCCUACACAUCCAACGAUGAGCAAUUUCAACAGCAGAACUUGCUAAUGGCUCCCCAGAAUGAUUGCGACAUCAGUAGCAUGUCACCAAUCUUCGCCGACGUCGUUGCGACUUUCUCCCCCGUGGUCAUACAUACGCCAGGAGCACCUGCUUCGCAUGAACAACAUGCCUUGCUGAAUCUCUUCGGCACAGGUUCGCAGCAUCCCUUUCAGAACUAUUGGACCGAGAACGGCGGAUUGUUUGAGGUUAUUGCAGGUCUGCCGUCCAAAGUACAGGCCGACUUUCUAGUACGGACAUAUUUCGAGAGCAUCGACCCAAUCUACCCUAUUAUCGCCCACGAAACCUUUCUUGCGGAAUUUGAGCGCUUUUGGCGACUUUCGGAUGAGGAAAAACAGAAAUACGAUCCUACGCAUGUUGCACUUCAGUUCGCUGUUUUCGCUGCGGCGACCCAACAUACUGGCAAUGAUGGCUUUGUAACGGACCACGAGAACAUGUCGGAGUUCUAUCUAAGUUGCUGUCACCAAAGCUUAUGUAUAUCGAGCUACUUGAACCGGAUCUCUAUUCCGACCAUCCAGACCAUGGUGCUGAUCUGCCAUUUCCUGAUGGCUUGUGACCGAAUAACAGACGCCUGGACCAUUGCUGGCAUCAUGCAGCGGCAAAUCUAUGGGUUAAAAUUGCACCAUAAACCAGGACACGAAACGUCAAGCAAUGGCGCUAACAAAACGCGGAUCCAGUAUCGCCUGUGGCAAGCUGCGAUGUUUCAAGACACUGGCCUCUCACUGCAGAUGAGCCUUCCUCCUACGACCAUGUAUCAUACAUUGGACGUCGAGUCUCUGCGAGAAGCCGAAUCAUUGAGCCCAAGCGGGUUCGGCACGACUGACAAAGCGUCUCGUGAACAACCGCUGGGUCUCGACGUCGCUCACAAGCAGCAAGUGAUCGCUCGCUUUCGAGAUCUCUACAGUUCACGGGACGAGCCAUUCUGUCUGUUCGGAUCCAAUCGAUUCGAUGGCCUUCCUCCACGCCUCCUCUAUCAAACUGCUACGGUUGCCAUCAACUACUUUCAUGCGCUUGCGUUGCUUUACCUCGAUGAGGACAAUGGUGCCGGGACUACAACUGAUACCUCUGGGGUUAUCACUUCCUGUCACGAAGGUAUGCUGGCGUUCUUCGCGAUGAUCAGGCUAUGCCCCAGCAAGGCAAAUGCAUGGGGACCUGCUCACAAUCGCACUUUCGCCAUGGCUACUAUGCUUGGAACACUAUUGCCGAUCCAGCGAAAAGAAUCACGGCAAGUGGGCGCCGACGAUUUUCAGUACAUGCAAGGCAAGAGCGAUCUUGACUGA